AUGGCGUCUGUCUCCGGAUACUCGCAAGCUACACCCCGCUGGAUACAUUUGGCACACACUGGCCGUGCCGAAUCGCAUCGAGUCUUGCUGAGACGACAGGCAUCGCAUGCGGUGAGCACCCGAGUAUUCUUGCGAGGUCGCGCUGUCGACGAAGGGUCCAUUCUUCCUGCUGGGUACUCAGAGAAAGUUACUUUGGUGAAAGGCCAAGAGAGAAACAACGAUGUCUGUGAUUGGUGA